CCUGCCCUGGCACUGGCUCUGCUCCCACCCGACCCCUGGCUCGCCUGGCUGGAGCCCUGGGACCACCAGCGUGGUAGGGAGCCAGGCCCAUCUCAGGCUCUGGGGUUGGGACUGGUCCCAAGAGUGCCACCCAGUCCCACCAGUGUCUCCUCCAGCUGGGGGACUUUCUGUGGGGCAGCUGGGGCUGAUGGUGCACUGUGCCCACCAGCAUGGCUGUUGCUCUCCCUGCUGAGCAGCCUGGGGGAACUGAGGUGCAUGACGGCUGGAGGGGCCCUGGUGGGGGGGGUAGGGCAGGACAGCACGGGCUGCAGGGUGCCCUGCCUUGCACCAGGAGGAGGGCAGGCAGCCAGGCCCCCUCUGAGGCAGCCAGCAGUGGCCAGGACUGGAGGCACCAAGCAGGAGGAGGAAGGUCAGGGAGAGCAGCCGGGCCCCGUGCCGGGGGAUUAGCACUGUCCUUGCUGCAUCACGCGGACCCAAGCCUGUCCCCUGCCUAGUCCCCUCACCCUGGGUGGUCAGCCAGCACCGGGCAGGGGCACCCGGCCCCCUUUGGCCCUGCCUGGCCUGGCCCAACCGCACCUCUCGGGGGGCUCAGCCCCUCAGCAGGGCUCAGCCCUGUGUCAAAAUGGGGAAGAGAAGGCUGCAGUGCCCCCGCUACGGGCAUUGAUAGGAGCUGGCAGGGAAACUGAAGCACUGGGGUUGGCAGCUUGCAGUGUCACACCAGAGCCAUACUAUGGCUGCCGUAGCACAGGCUGGGACUCUGUGCCCCAGCGUGGAGCAGGCAAAAACCUGCUGGCAAUGGUGAGGCAGGAGGUGUCUGAAACCCCCAAGUUUGCUCAGUCCCAUGGGAUUUUGGCAUGGUCGGCACAUGCUUGUGGGGCAGCCUGGCCCCCCUGUGGCUGACCUCAGCCCACCACCUCACCCCCACCACUUUCCUUUCCCUGCAGGGUGCCGGCCCCCGCGGGCAGCCAGCAACACAGGAUGGUGCCAGCACUGGCACUGUGGGCCUGCCUGGCACUGGGCAUGGCUGGAGGGGAGAGCCCAGCACCAGAGCCCCUGGUGGGUGGCCAGCCCUUUGCCGUGGUGUGGAACGUCCCCUCUGGCCACUGCCAGCGCCGCUUUGGCGUGCAGCUGCCCCUCAGUGACUACGGUAUCGUGGAGAACCAGGAUGGCCGCUUCGCUGGCCAGAACAUCACCAUCUUCUACAAGAACAAGUUUGGGCUGUACCCCUACCUGUCGCAGCAGGGUGUCCCCCGCAACGGGGGCAUCCCCCAGCGGGUCCCCCUUAGUGCGCACCUUACCAGGGUGGCUGGGGACAUCCGCCUCCUCCUGCAGCCCACUUUCCAUGGCCUGGCCGUGGUGGACUGGGAGGAGUGGAGGCCCCUCUGGGCCCAAAACGGGGGGGCCAAGCGGAUCUACUGGGCAGCCUCAGAGCAGUGGGUGCGGGACCAGCACGGCCUGUUGCCGGCACGGCGGCAGCUCCGGCUAGCCCGGCGGGAGUUUGAGCAGGCAGCACAGGCUCUGAUGGAGGAGACGCUUUUGCUGGGCCGGACCCUGCGCCCGCAGGGGCUCUGGGGUUUCUACCGCUUCCCUGACUGCCUCAACGGCAACUGGGCCAAGGAGGCCAACUACACCGGGGAAUGCCGGCCGGCAGAGGUGCAGCGCAACAACCGGCUGGGCUGGCUCUGGGCCGCCUCAGCCGCCCUCUACCCCAGCAUCUACCUGCCCCCAGCGCUGCCACCUGCCCUCAAGGCACUCACCUAUGUCCGGCACCGCAUCGCCGAGGCCUUUGCCGAGGUGGUGUGGGCACAGGACAGCCACAUCCCGUGCCCACCAGGGAGGGGCGGCCAGAGGGUUCCAGUGCUGGGGCAGGUUCUCACAGGUGCUUCCCCCUAGGAGAGCUGUGCCAGCCUGCGCCACUACCUUGUCUCCACCCUGGGUCCCUACGUGGCCAACGUGACAGCAGCAGCCCGGGAGUGCAGCUACGGGCAGUGCCAUGGGCAUGGGCGCUGUGUGCGCCAGCAGCCCCACAACCUCGGCAGCCUCCUGCACCUUGGCCCCGGCGCUGGGCCACCAGCUGCUUUCCGCUGCCACUGCUACCGUGGCUGGGCUGGCAAGGACUGUGCCUGGCGGGUCCAGCCCGGCCCUGCUACCGCCUGCCUGGCUCACAGCCUCUACAGGCACAAUGAUCUCCCACCCCCUGACACCUGCCUGCCAUGGGGCAUGUGGGGACGGUGACUAGGGCUGGGGACCACCACGGUCCCCUAUGCUGGCAGUGCUGCUGCCUGGCACUUCCUGUGGGCUCAUUAACUUGAAUAAAUCCUCCUGGCACAGCUGGCAUGGUCCUUGUGGGCAAAGGUGGGGGUUCCGUCGUGCUCCCAGGCUGGGCACAAUUGCCAUUGCUGCG